CGACUCAAAAUCCAGUACCACCAAAUGAUGCAGGCUGGCAAGGCCUCAUCAGAUGGAGGAGCUGGAUGAGUCUUUUUUUCGUUGUGUCGUCGUCUCCGUCUCUGUCGUCGUCAUCAUCAUCGUCUCGUUGUCGUCGUCUCGUUGUCGUCGUUGUCAUUGUCGUCUCGUUAUCUCAUUAUCAUCUCAUCGUCGCUCAUCUAUCUGUUGUCACUAUGUCAUUUGUUGCUGUAUGUUUGUUUACAUCCUUAUGUUUUUUUUUCCAUUGCAUGCACAUGUUUUUGGUGUUGUAAUUGUUGG